UUAUUUUAUUUUAAUUCUUCUUUCCUUUCUCUCUCUACCAACUCUCUCUCUCUAAAACAUUAAUAUCAGUGUCCAAACCCACCGCUCAAAAUCUCUUUGUUCUUUCCUCCCCCUCUCUCCUUGUGUGUGUCUCUCUCUCUCUCUCUAAAAUAGCACUCUCACCGAAUCUCAGAGACACUCUUUGCUUCUCUGAUCCUUUUCAUCUUGGUUUAUGAGCUCAAAGGAGAGACCCACUCUUGGUGGCACGCGGAUUAAGACCCGCAAACGGAACAUAGCAGCACCGCUGGACCCUGCAGCAUUUGCGGAUGCAGUGGUCCAGAUUUAUCUGGAUAAUGCUGGUGAUUUGGAACUUAUUGCCAAGAGCAUUGAAUCUUCAGACCUUAACUUCUCAAGAUACGGUGAUACCUUUUUUGAGGUUGUUUUUACAGGAGGCCGUACACAACCUGGAACAACAAAACCUGAUGAGGGGGAGCGCCAUCCUUACUCUAUAAUAGAUUGUGAGCCUACGCGUGAAGUCAUCUUACCAUCUGUAAUUUACAUACAGAAAAUUUUGCGGCGUAGGCCAUUUCUCAUAAAGAACCUAGAAAAUGUUAUGCGAAGAUUCCUGCAGUCUCUGGAACUAUUUGAGGAAAAUGAAAGGAAGAAGUUGGCAAUUUUCACAGCACUUGCUUUCUCCCAGAAACUAUCUGGGCUCCCACCAGAGACUGUGUUCCAGCCUAUGCUUAAGGAUAAUCUUGUGGCCAAAGGGCUAGUUCUUUCAUUUAUAACAGACUUUUUUAAGGAGUAUCUGGUUGACAAUAGCCUUGAUGAUCUUAUUUCAAUCCUCAAGCGAGGUAAAGUGGAAGAGAAUCUUUUGGACUUCUUCCCUUCUGCAAAGCGAUCAGCUGAAGGUUUCUCUGAGCAUUUCACCAAGGAAGGACUUGUACCUUUGGUUGAAUACAAUGAAAAGAAAAUAUUUGAGGUAAAACUUAAGGAAAUGAAAUCUGCAUUAACAACCCUGAUAGCAGAGGAAGCUGAAAUAACUGAAGUUAUUGACACUGUGAAGCAACGGGUUAACGAUGCUAAACUCCCAGAUAAUGAGGUGGUGCGGGUUUUAUGGGAUGUAUUGAUGGACGCUGUUCAGUGGUCUGGAAAGAAUCAGCAGCAGAAUGCGAAUGCAGCAUUGCGCCAGGUGAAAACAUGGGCGGAACUGUUAAAUACCUUCUGCACCAAUGGAAAACUUGAACUGGAACUCUUGUACAAGGUUCAAAUGCAGUGCUAUGAGGAUGCUAAGCUGAUGAAGCUGUUCCCUGAGAUAGUGAGGUCUCUCUAUGACCAGGAUGUCCUUGCAGAAGACACCAUUCUUCACUGGUUCCGCAAGGGAACAAACCCUAAGGGCAGGCAAACCUUUGUGAAGGCCCUUGAGCCCUUUGUUAAUUGGCUGGAAGAGGCAGAGGAAGAGGAAUAAGUGCAGUCUGCUCAUGCAACAUUCGACCUUGUUCCAUGUUCAAUUUGCGAUCAAUUCCUGAGAUAUAUUUAACUUAAAAGUUCCAGCUUUAAUUAUAUUUGGUGUGCCUUUCUGAUAAUGAUGACAAGAUAAAGCCAUGUAUGCUUAAUUACUUGCAAUAAUCAAUAUUACUCUAUGGUCUCUCUUUCAUAUUC